AGGAGGCACAGGGAGAGGGAGAGCAGGAGAAAGAAUAGAAAGGAAAAGAGCAAGGAAGGGAGCAAGCAGUAUGUUUGGUGUGUGAGGAGGAAAAUAUACAUCUGAAAGUGUUUUGCAUAGUUGCAGGAAGUCUCCAGCCUCCCCUCCUCGACUCCUGUGCUGCACAGCAACUUGGGCUGAGGGACCAUGCAGCAGGGGCGGACUCUACCCUGGGUUGCUGCUCUCCUGCUGGGGCUGAUGGGGCUCCGGGUGUGCGGCUCAGAGUUCAAGCAUCACCGUUACGAGGAUUUGGUGCGAGCCCUGUUUGCAGUGCAGAGCGAAUGCCCCUACAUCACUCGCAUUUACAGCAUUGGGCGCAGUGUAGAGGGGCGCCACCUCUAUGUGCUGGAGUUCAGUGACAACCCGGGCAUCCAUGAAGCAUUGGAGCCGGAGUUCAAGUACGUGGGCAAUAUGCACGGCAACGAAGUGCUCGGCCGUGAACUGCUCAUUAAGUUCUCCCAGUUUCUGUGCGAGGAGUAUCGGGCCGGAAACCAGCGGAUCAUGAGGCUGAUCCAUGACACGCGCAUCCACAUCCUGCCCUCCAUGAACCCCGAUGGCUACGAGGUGGCUGCCAGACAGGGUCCAGAGUUUAACGGCUACCUGGUAGGUCGAGGGAACGCCAGAGAUUAUGAUCUGAACAGAAACUUUCCAGACCUCAAUGCACUCAUGUACUACUACGAGAAGACCAACGGACGAAACCACCACCUGCCCCUGCCAGACAACUGGGAGCAACAGGUUGAACCAGAGACUCUGGCGGUCAUAAAAUGGAUGCAAAACUACAAUUUUGUCCUGUCAGCCAACCUCCAUGGAGGAGCUGUAGUAGCCAAUUACCCCUUCGACAAAUCAAGAGACCCUCGCAUUCGAGGGAGGACCACGUACGCGGCCACUCCAGAUGACAAAAUCUUCAGAAAGUUGGCGAGGACCUACUCGUACGCUCACAGCUGGAUGCACAAGGGUUGGAACUGUGGGGACUUCUUUGACGAGGGGAUCACCAACGGGGCCAGCUGGUACUCUCUGUCCAAAGGCAUGCAGGACUUCAACUACCUGUACACCAACUGUUUUGAGAUCACCCUGGAACUGAGCUGUGACAAGUUUCCUCCAGCAUCAGCACUGCCUAGAGAAUGGCUGGGCAACCGAGAAGCACUGGUUUCAUACCUUGAACAGGUGCAUCAUGGGAUAAAAGGCAUGGUGUACGAUGAAAACAACAACCCUAUCGGCAACGCUGAGAUCUCAGUGGCUGGCGUCAACCAUGAUGUGACCAGUGGAGUGGAUGGCGAUUAUUUCAGACUUCUGUUACCAGGUACCUACACUGUGACAGCAUCGUCCCCAGGUUACGUCCCCUCCACCAGCACUGUCACAGUGGGACCAGCUGAGGCCAUACAGCUUCAUUUUUACUUGAAAACGGCACCAAAACAAAACCUUAAAGCGAAGCAUCACAACGGCAAGAAGAACCUUUCAUCUCCCAAGGCCCCUUUAAAACUUGGCCCUAGAUGAGACACGGACAAUAGGACAAAAACAUACAGUACAUACAUUUUUACUGAAAAUCCUACAUAAACGCACACACACACACACACAUGCACGUCAACAUCAUUAACAGGGGACUGUAAUUAUUUACUAUCCAAGUGGGAACUUUUUAAAAAUACAAAACCAGAAUUGAAAAUUUACUUUUGACUUUUUGAAACUUGGCCCUAGAUGAGACACAAACAAUACGACACAAACAUACAGUACAUACACUUUUACUGAAAAUCCUACAUAAACACACACAGACACUUUUACAUACACUUUUAUGAAAAUGAUAAUUGACCAUAAAAUAUAUAUAUGUAAUUUUACCGUUGUAGUCCUACAAUUAUGUAUUUCAACCCUUUGUGUUUUUGUUUGUGUUUUUGUGUCUGAAUCAAGGAGAUCCUGGUGUAUUUAUGUAACAGCAUUGAUUUGUAUGAGCACAGCUAUCCUGUAUUUGUAAAGGAUUUUGAUUACCGUAAUUUGAUGAAAACUGAAAGCGAAAAUAAAAUUAUGUUUUUGCUGUCCUCAUUCA